CGUCAGUCCACAACGGUAGUCCAUUGGGGAUCAAUCUCCAAAGGUGGACGAAUACGAGAACUCUGUUGGGUUUUACGUUUUAAGGUGGGAAAAUCUGGAGGGGUUAUGUGCCGAAGCAAUGUGGCAUGUUAAUCUCCCUCGGUUUAUGAUAUGAGUCCGGCUUCGCCUAGGAAUACGAGCUGGAAACACACACCGUCGAAAUUCAGUCCACACUAUCAAUCUAAAUAUUCUCAGAAUGGCGGCUACACAAACUAUCCAAGUUCCCCACCUCGGCGGUAUCAAGGCCGGCUAUGCUCUCUCCAAUGACCACUAUGAUCCCUCCAAGCCGACAUGCGUUCUCAUCAACUCGAUGUGCAUGACUGUCUCUCUCUACAAUGACCAAUUCAAUAAUAAGGAGCUGACUGAUGCGAUGAACCUCCUGGCCAUCGAGCCAUUGGGUCAUGGCGCAACCAGUUGUCCCUCCGAACAUUUUACCUACUGGGAUUCGGCCAUCAUGGCGUUACAGGUCAUGGAUCACUUUGGGAUCCAGAAGGCGUUCGCCCUGGGAACAAGCCAAGGGGGAUGGAUGGUGACCCGGAUGGCCCUCCUCGCACCAGAUAGGAUCCUCGGUCUCAUGCCCCUGGGAACAUCUAUGGAUUACGAAUCAGAUGACUCUCGGUCCAAGGGGUGCUGGGACCCCGCAGCCAGUCUGAUAGCUUUCUAUGACAAGUGGACGAGUCCUUCGGCCACACCUGACUUUGUGGUAGAUGAUGUUUGGUGUGGUCUGGUGGGAGGCAUUGGCUUUGGGGCUGCAGCCACCGCCGAGAAAUCCGCGUUCUGGACCCAAACCCUCAAAGAAGUAUACAAGGGUGACGAGGGACGAAAGAAGGUGCGCAUGGCACUCAAUUGCCUCCUGGAGCGAGACGGACUGUUGCUCCGACUGAGGGACAUUAGAUGCCCCGUUUAUUGGCUACAGGGCACUGAGGAUACACCCUUUGGAACGGUCGUUCCUGCGGAGCAAAUCAAAUUGUUCACUGCUUCCCCAGAAGCUAAACUGGUCAUGAUUGAGGGCGGUGCGCACUAUCUGAACGCCACAAAUCCAAAGGAGGUGAAUGAGGCACUCGUGGAAAUGGUCACUAAGUAUAAAUGAAGUGUUCCUGUGUAAGCCUUGCAGAUAGGUACUGGAUUGACACAAUGUUUAUAUACGAGACAAAUGCCUGGGAGAGUGAAGGACUAGCCGUUAGGUAGUGUGGUUCAAUAAUUAUGUAGACUGUCAAGAGUUCGCCACUGCUUGGUCAAGAGGGAGUGUACGUAGUACUUUUUACGUCUUGAGACAGUCGUGGAAGUUCCCUUGUCAAGAAACUUUUCGUAUUUAGGCAGAACCACGUGGAUUAUCCGGACCCGCCAACAGUUCAGUCACUGGCCUGAGGACGCAAGUGGAGUCCCGGAGCAGCUGCCUAACC